CGCUCUUGUACUUCACCCAAUCGCGAUUCACGCAGGCUCUACCCACUCCCGUCUCCCAGUGUUUUUUCCGGCAGAUUGGAGCGCCUCUGCCGGCUUCUGGUAGCUCCACACCUCCGGCGACUUCCCUCUCAACCUGCAAGAAUGAAACAACAUGCAAAAGCCUGAGUUUUGAAUAGAAUUAGAAAUCAUCAUAUGGAUUCACAAACCCAAAAUGCAUCACUACAACGCCUCCAAACUGUCGAAAAGAGGAUUGUUAGAGUAUUGGAACUUGCUGGUGGAGUGAUGGAAGAAUUCUCAAAUCCUAGUGGACCAAGGAAGGAAUUGGUCAACAAUCACUGCAGUGAAUUCAUGCAAUUAAUCAAGGAUAUACAAGUGACAUUAAGGGAAGAAAUCAAGAGUGCAUGCGAAUAUCGUCCAUUUGAGAAGUGUGAUUACAUUGCAAGAAUAUCAAAUGAAAUAUGCUGCCAAAAAGUCCAAUAUGUCCUUCAAAAAUUGGAUGAAAUGAGAGAAACAGUCGAUGAAUAUCAUCAUGUAGCCUGAUAUGAUAUACUGCUCCUA